UAAUUUCUCGCUAGGUCUUCAGUUCUUCAGUAACGCUGUAGGGUUCGUUUUCUGCUAAGUUCGGAGCUUUCCGAAGACCCAAUGAGCUUGGCUCUUCUCCAAGGCUAUUCUUCGGCCGAAGAAGAAGAAGAACAAGGAACCAUCGGUAAUGGGACCCAUUAUCAAAAUUCCUCGGAUGACGACGGCGGUGUCGGCGACAGCGACGGCGGCGAAGCCUCCGUAGCUGCUCACCCUUCACUCCGCGACAGAUCUAUGUUCGACCUUCCACAACCUUCCGCCGCGCCCGGACUUCCCUCUGCUUUUGACGCCUUCUCCGAAGUUUCUGGGCCGCCUCAAUUUCUGAACAAUAGCGUAGAGGAAUAUAACCCAACUAAAGAAGCUGAUCAACAGCAAGGAAGGCAUGGUGGCCGGAGGCAUCGCAGGGAGAAGAAGGAUUUACCUUCAGGUGCUGUGGUUGAGGCUAAACCUCAGCUUGUUGGAAUCCAUGAACGAGUAAGAAGUGACAUCAAUGGUAGUGAACCACCAUUGCCAGCUGCUUUGGGUGCAUCAUCAGGAGGCAAGAAGGUGGCAACUGCAACCAAUCCUAAUGCCGAAGAUGCUGCAGACCUUUUGAGAAUGUGCUUGCAGUGUGGGAUUCCCAAGACAUUUUCCGGUGCACGAGGAAUGGUAUGCCCUGUGUGUGGCGAUCGCCCUCCGCAGGAUCCAAGCGUGGAGUCUAAGAAGAAAGGAUCAACUAUUAAAGACAAGGAAAAAUCCAAAAGGAUGAAGGGCCAGUCAUCUCAUGCAACUUGGAAAAGUGAAACAGAGAUGCAGUUAAGACAGCAGUAUGAUUAACAAUAUCAAAGGAUAUCAAGAUCCCUACUUAAUGUACCACCAUGCCACUGAGUCUGACCACAUUGUUACAACUGGAAUACCAUUUGUGGUCAAGAGUGUUGACAAAGAAUCGAAUGAAAGUAGUUUAGGCUCUGUAGUUUACCCUAUGCUUGUGUACCACUAAUGAUGAGUGAUGUACCUUUUCUUGAUUGUAGAGUUGCAUUGCACAUAUUGGUUACAUUACACCAUAUAUUGGUUUCUGGCUUGAUGAUAUGUCGAGUAUAUAUAUAUAUU